AUGGCCGCUAUGGCAUCAAUGUCAUUCCGUGGCGAGAACUAUGGGAUCCAGAUCGGAGAUAACAGCGGCUCAGUUCAUGCGGAAUUCCAUCCUCCUCAUCGACCGGAAACCCCACCCGGGCCUCUAUCAAAUGUCCCAUUCCCGCGUGACCCAGACUUCGUUCGUCAUGAUACUCUGCUGGACCAGCUUCAUAAUAAAUCCUUAGUCCCUGGGGCAAGAAUCGCGCUGGUCGGCCUCGGCGGUGUCGGGAAAUCACAACUCGCGAUCGAAUACACCUACCGAGUCUGA